AACCUUGUCCACAAACCCACCCUCUGAUUUUGAUAAGACAUGUCCAACUCUAAGGUUCAAACAAGGCCAAUUGUUGAAGAAAAAGUUAAAUGCAUAAAAAAAGUUAAAAAUUAACAAAAAAUAAAAUAUAAGGAUUGAGUAUCCCCAAUCCAACAAAAAAAAAAUGUCUGUGGCAUCUUCAUUUCCAUGCAUCAAAGUCCCAGCUUGUUCCUCCUCUCCAUCAUGCACAUCUUCAUCAACUUCAUCAUUUAGAUUUUCUUCUUCCAAGCCUCAUGCUGCUGUUUCUAUAAGGAACUCCCAGACUGAAGGGCCUCUGAGAAGACCAGUGGCUCCUUCAGUGAGAGAACCAUCAAGUAGUGUCCCUCAGCCACUGAAGCCUUCAGCUCCUUCUCAGGUUCCACCCCUGAAGGCUUCUCCUGUUGCUGGGGAUGAUAAGAAUGUCAUUACAUUAGAGUUUCAGAGGCAGAAGGCUAAGGAGCUGCAGGAGUACUUCAAACAGAAGAAGCUGGAAGAUGCAAAUCAGGGUCCUUUCUUUGGCUUCAUUGGCAAAAAUGAGAUUAGCAACGGAAGGCUAGCAGAUUUCAAGAAAUGGUACUUCCAAAUUCGUUACAAUCAUGAUUAUCUUAGUUCUGUAGUUAUGAUGGAGGAGAAGGAAAAGCAAGAUGGUAAUAAGAACAACUCACUUUUGUGGUGGUUGCAAACAAUUUUGGAGUUCUAGGUCCAUUUUUUUGGGUCUUUUCUUCCAGUAAUUGGAAUGUCAAGCUUAUUUUUUGUCAACUUUGUGGGAGAGCUUUAGAGAAAUAAGCAAUUAAUGGUCACUCUGUUAAAGUAGUUUUUGUUACUGAUAUUGCUAACGAAAAUAAGGAAGGGAAACAGAUUGGAAAAGUUCAGUAGUUUGGAAGAAAUUAGUGCAACCAAUGGAGGACUAGAUUGAAAUGUAAUUUAAAAAUUACAAAUUAUUUUCAAUUGGGUUCAUACAGAAGUAAAAAGUAUGAAUUACCUGUAUUUGUUGACAUUUUCAUCAUUGUCUCUUCUUGCACGAGGGAUACCUUAACCUGACCAAAUUGUGUGAGUCCAUGUAAAGCUUGCCCCCUAUUUUCUUUUUGCUGGGGAGGGUACAUAUACAUAGGAGGCUCAAGCACGUAGAGGAAGGAAAAAGGUGGCCUGGCGGAGGAUUGAACCUCCAACAUCAACGCCACACCCAAAUCUUAAAAUUCUUGUCCAAAAUUCAAGUGUCUUGUUUUGAAGGUCAAAUUCCCUAAAUUAGUUAUAACCCAAAUUCUCUUGGUGAAACAACUUUACCUAAAUUCUACUAACUAGCCGAAUUCUGUAGGUCAAAAUAACAAAGUAAGGUCAUGAAGUGUUAUGGAAUUCAAGCAAAGAUCACACAAAAAAAGCUAUCUAUCAUAGAUUGACUUCAUUCAUAGUACUAAAUACGACAAGCAUCCUCAUAUCUCACUGUUCCUAGCAUAAACAUGAGCCAAACAACAUUUGAAUGGUGAUCAAGCAUCCAAAAUCCAAAAAAAAAAAAAA